CCUUCAGCAGCUCAACUUUGGGGUUCGGGCUAUUUUCCAGUUGCUGGUCACACCGGUGUGUUUGAAGCGUGUUGGCCAGGAGAGUAUACCAGGCUCCUCCCCCUGAACCAUCCAGUCCAAAGGGAUCCCAUUUCCCGCCCUUUGCCCGGCUCCCGGAUCCGACCCGGGCGCUGCAGCUGCGCCCCUGCAAGUCGCUGGGAGGCGCCGGGGCGAAUCCUAGGGGUGGUGGCUGAGCUGGCGGAGGAGGCUGGAGCUGGAGCCCGUUGUCGUGAGGGUCUGUGGCCUCUACCCCCACAGGUGUUACCAAAAGUGACCUACAGUGGAGUGAGACCAAGGCAGGCUGAAGCUAUCACCUUCCUCUAUCACCCCUGUGCCCAUCCCUGGCUGAAGCUCCAGCUUGCCUUCCUGGCCCAUGUUUGUGUGGUUAAGCCCUUGCUCAUCCCUGACUCCAACCUCACGCGGGAUAGGCCCCUGGUGCUGACAGCAUGGGGGAUGGCACUGGAGAUGGCGUGGGUAGAGCCAGCCUGGGCUGCCUACUGGUUAAAGAGGCAGUGGAGGAAGCAGAGAAAGAAAGUAUGGUUCUACUCUGAUAGCUCUGCUCAGCCCUUUCCAUCAGUGCCAAGCCACAGCAGAGGGAAGCCGUGCCCAAGACGGUGUAUGCAGGCCUCAGCAUUGGCCUUUGCUCUGCGCAGCUGGAGGCCUCCUGGCAUAGAGGUGCCACCUAGAGGGCCCCGGCAGCACUCUUCCAGUGGUGUCAAGAGACGGGAGCUUCGAGCUGCCCUGGGUCUCCAGACCACUCCUGCAGGACUGAGGGUUCCUUUUGCCUCCCCAUGGAGUUUAAAGGCCCAGCAGCCCAUUUUGGGAACUCAGGGUGAGGGGGCUAAUGCCCCAACUGUGCCAUCGGUCCCCUUGGCACCUGGGGAAUCAGGAGGCAAUACAAGCAUUAGGACAGAGGGCCAAAUACCCAAAGCCCAAGGCAUCUCAGGGGGGUGUGCCUGUCCAACUCAGGCUUCUCCUGCCCCUCGGGCAGCAGUGCCUCCACGGGUAGCCCGGGGCCCCACCCCACGCACGGACGAGGCUGCCUGGGCUGCCAUGGCCCUGACCUUUCUGCUGGUACUGCUCACACUGGCCACACUUUGCACGCGGCUACAUCGAAAUUUCCGCCGGGGGGAGAGCAUCUACUGGGGGCCCACAGCAGACAGCCAGGACACUGUAGCUGCUGUGCUGAAGCGGAGGCUGCUGAUGCCCUCACGCCGGGUCAAGCGCUCCCGCCGGAGGCCCCUGCUUCCCCCCACGCCAGACAGCGGCCCAGAUGGGGAGAGCUCAGACUGACCUGCCCUAGUCCUGCCGCUGGCUCGGCGGGCUCCUUUUCUGUGCGGCCACAGCCCCUGCCACGUGGGCUGCAUGCAGGGGCGCCCCCUGGCGGCAAACUGAGCAGCCCUGCUACACCUUGCAAAAACUGCCACCUUAACGUGUGGGUUGCAGGAGUGGCCAGAGGAAGAGGAGCUGUUCCUAAUCCCCCUUGCCCAGACUCGUUUCUAAUUAAAUUAUUUUAGUAGAGUCCGGAGUUGAGCGUAUGUAUGUCACAAAUUCACGCUCCCCCAGGACACUAGGCCUAGACCAUCUGUUCCUGCACCCCCUCACCACCUUAGGCUUCUUAGGGAUGCUAUUGGGAUGGUGGUGUCCCAUAUGCAAUUUAUUAUUCCCAACACAGGCUUUUCUUGGUACUGGGUGUUUGGACACUUGCGUUCUUCGUUUGGUUUGUCUAUCAC